AUGGUGCUGUUUGUAGCUGAAGAAAAGGCUGUUGCUUACAAGCGUGCCGCUCCCACUUUCAAAAUCCGAGAUAACAUACACAGGAAGCAACAUAGGUUGAACCCUGAGGAAAUCCGAUUCGAUACCCACUUACGCAUCAGUGGGAACAGCUUUCAUUUUGGAAUCACUGAUACAGGCACAGCAGGACACCGUCAGUAUGAUCUCAAGCUGCAAGUCAUACAAGAUGAGGGACCAUGGUCCCCUCCAUUAUCUCCAGGUAGCGAAGAUACAGAACAAUCACCGACAAAAGUCGAAAGUGAGAGUUACGAUGCCAAACGUCAACAUGAGAUAAGGACAUAUCUUCGCUAUAUUAAGAACGGCCAUGAAAACAUCAAAAACCUUGAAGCUUUUCAUCAAUACCGCGAUGGCGACAAGCUUAUGAUGGCCCAAUUCUUCCGAAUUUGCGAUGGUGGUAACCUUAAACAGUUACGAAUGGGUUACAGGGAGAAGGAAAUGAUACCACCAGAGCAAUUCAUAUGGCGAAUAUACAGCCAACUUAUUGAAGCUCUUGCUUUUCUUCACAACGAGCACCCUAAAUACCAGAACGAUCCUAGGCAUUUGAAUCGCCCGUCCAUUCUUCAUCCAGAUUUAGCCGCCGAGAAUGUAUAUCUUGUGUGGCCUUUCAUGCAACCACGCGAUGAUAUCUAUCCAGAUGUAAGACUAGGAGAUUUCGAGAAAUCACUUUUUGUUCCGAUCGGAAAAGGUGUUGUGAUAGACGAUCCCGAUGCCGACCCGAAAUACAAGCCUCCAGAAGUAAAUUUUAUAAGUGCAAAAAGUGAUGUUUGGCGUGCGGGAUCGAUAAUGUACUCACUAACCAAACCUCCGGAGAGUACAUCCACCAAAAUGCCAUGGAUUACGGAGCAAAAUAAGUCGUUCGCAAAUCUCACGAAGGAGCAUCAACAGGUGAUUCUUAUGGAUCCUAGAAGAGUACAUCCCAUCAAAUUUAACUACAGUGAGGAUCUGAAUGUUAUGAUUCAAAGGUCACUAGUCCUUGAUCAUAACAAAAGACCUUCAGCUGGAGAAUUGCUCAAGGAACUUGAAAAUCCAGCAAAAUUAAGAAAGAGUGCCGCAUGGAUGUACAAGGCAUUGCCUAGCUGGAUGGUAGAUAAAGUCAUCACGCCAAACAACACAUUCUCGCAGGAAAGACUGAACAAAUUAAUCCAACCUGAUCAGAUGGCACUAGCACGAAAAGCCCACAAGAAAGCAAAAGCAGCGAAAAGAAAUAGAAUGAGAGAGGAGGAGGAACGAAAAAGAGUGGAAGACUCGAGGGAAGAAGAAAUUCUCGAAGCGGCCGAUCGAUAUUUCACCUGGGAGUUUAGAGAGUCAGAUCUCGGAAGAAUGGAAAUAGUAAUGGACAACGAUGAAUGUGACGCUUCCAUUAAGAGAUUUGCGGUUAUUAGAGCUGCAGGUUUAAAGGCUGGGACUUGGGUCGAGCCAGGUCCAACUUAUGAGGAAUUCCUGCGACUUGAGAAGAUUUACCUCGCUGUCAAAGAUCAAGCUUCUCAAACUAAGUAA